AUGAAUCGUUUGCAGGAGCUCGAAGAUCUCCAAGAUGAAUCGGAUGAACUUGAAGAUUUCGACGAGUCAGACGAUGAAGAUGCCUUGAAUGCUAAUGACAUAAAAUAUGCCGAUUUUUUCGAAACACCAAAGAACCAGCGGAAACGUAAGGCAGAUUCAGCUGACGCAAGUACUUCAGACGAGUAUCUGAUAUCAGACGACGAAGAAGACAGUGCAAGUCCUUCUGAAGCUUUGAAGAAAAAAGUUAACGACUUGUUUGCUCAGGAUGAUAGCGAUCAUGACGAUGAACCCAAGUCCACCUUUCAGAAGCAACAAGAUAAACUCAUGAAACGGAUAAAACUAUUGGAGGCAGAGAAUGUUGCCGAGAAAGACUGGACAAUGACUGGAGAGGCAUCGAGCAAAGACCGUCCGAUCAACAGUUUACUUGAGGAAGAUUUGGAAUAUGACUUUGUUUCCAAGCCUGUUCCGGUAAUUACUGAAGACGUGACAAAUAAAUUAGAAGAAAUAAUAAAAAGAAGAAUUCUGGACGGUACUUUUGACGAUGUGGAACGCAAACAAGAUCCAAACUUUCGUCCCUUUCUUCCUUCAAAAGUUAUUGAACUUUCGCACGAAAAAUCACAAAAAUCGCUUGCUGAAAUAUAUGAAGACGAGUACGUUAAGCAAACGUCAGGAGAUAAGACAAAUGAAAAAGAUGAGAGCUUAAGAAAAGAACAUGAGCAAAUAGAAGAUAUGUUUAAAGAUUUAUGCUUUAAGCUAGAUGCAUUGAGCAAUUUCCAUUAUACACCUAAGCCGCCCAAACCCGAAGUCACUGUGAUAACGAACGUAGCAGCAAUAAACAUGGAAGAAAUAAUACCGCUUAACGUGAACGAUUCUAAUUUAUUGGCGCCAGAGGAAGUAUAUGACAAGAAGAAUGCAGAAGUUAAAGGUGAAACUGAAUUAACAUCUGCGGAUAAGAAGAAUAUCCGAGUGAAAAAGAAACGCGCAAAAAAGAAGGCAAAGAAGAUGAGAGAACGUGAAGAAAAAGUUAUAGAGAAGAUGAAUCCUGGUCUGGUAAAAAAUCAUUCUAAGAAAAAGGUUUUGGAUAAAUUGAUUGGUCAGAAGAAUGUUACAAUAAUUGCCCGGGAUGGGAAGAAAGAGUCGUUAGGGAAAAAGCCAGAGGGAAAGAACCGUGUAAACACAAGUAAAGCAGAAGACCUAAGAUUAUAG